GCCGCUGUCUCCCUCCCAGGACAAGUGCCCAGGGCCCCCCCGCAUCACCAUGCCCGAAGGAGCCCGCAGGGGCAGCACCAAGGAAGGAGGCAACACAGCAGCCCCCAGGCCGCCCUCCACCUCCUCGCUGGCUGGAAUCGGGACCAAGAUGGCGUCCGACCCCAUUCUGGGCAGCUGCACCUCCGUGAACACGGUGUGCUCGGACAGCGACCGCCCUGUCAGCCUCAGCUCCUCGGCGUCUUCGGCCUCCUUGCAGGACGGCUCCAGUGCCUUUGGCAGUAGCAUCGGGCUGGGGGGCUGCCCCCCGCCUUACUCCCAGCAAAACGGCAGCGACAUCAGCCUGGAUCUGACCCCCGUCGCCCUGCUGGACCGGCUGGCAGAUACCCCGGGAGAGGGGCAGCCGUGCUGCGGCUGGGCGCCUGGUCCCGGCCGGGCCAAGGAGCGCCGGAUCAAGCUCUCCCAUCUGGACCGGGUGGUGCUGGAGAUCGUGGAGACCGAGCAGGCUUAUGUCCGGGAUCUCCGGAGCAUCGUGGAGGAUUACCUGGGCUGCAUUAUUGACUGCGGACAAGUGUCUCUCAAACCGGAACAAGUGGGCGCUUUGUUUUGCAACAUCGAAGAUAUUUAUGAGUUCAACAGUGAGCUCCUGGAAGAUCUGGAGCGGAACACCAGUGCCCAUGCGGUCGCGGACUGCUUUGUCCAGAGGAGUGAAGAAUUUGAUAUCUAUACUUUGUACUGCAUGAACUACCCCAACUCUGUCUCGGUGCUCCGGCAGUGCAUGGAGGACGAUGCCCUGGCCAGGUUCUUCCGGGAGAGGCAGGUCACGCUGUCGCACUCGCUGCCGCUGGAGACGUACCUUCUCAAGCCUGUCCAGCGAAUUCUGAAGUACCAUCUACUGCUGCAGGAACUAGCCAAACAUUACGACAAGAGCAGCCCUGGCUACGACUCGGUGGAAGAGGCUAGCAUCACCAUGACGGCGGUGGCUUGGUACAUCAAUGACAUGAAGCGGAAACAAGAGCACGCCGCCCGGCUGCAGGAGAUCCAGGGCGCACUGGCUGGCUGGACUGGUCCAGAGCUGGGGGCGUUUGGGGAGCUGAUCCUGGAGGGUCAGUUCCGGGUGCCGCGAGCCCGCAAGGAGAGGGUCUUCUUUCUCCUCAGCAAAGUCCUGCUGAUAGCCAAGCGGCGCGGGGAAGCCUUCGUCUACAAGAGCCACAUCUUUUGCUGCAACCUGGGGCUGCAAGAGAACACCAAGGACCCGCUGAGCUUCAAAAUCUCCGACCUCUCCAUCCCCAAGCAGCAGCACACGGUCCAGGUGCGGAACCAGGAAGAAAAGCGACUCUGGAUCCAUUACCUGAAACGCUUGAUUGUGGAGAAUCACCCAGCGUCUAUUCCACAGAAGGCGAAGCAAGUCCUCUUGGAGAACAGCUUCCAGGGUUCCCCAGAUGUCAUCUUCAGCCCCGAGUCCCCCAAGAAGCCCCUGCCUUCUCCUCAGCUGGAUGAGUCCAGGGCGUGCAUUCGCAGUCGGCGCCAAUCUGAGCCUCCAGAAUCCAUGUAUAGUCCAGAGAGAGUCCGGCGAAGCUGUCCCAUUCUACUGCUGGAGAAAAGUGGCUCUUACCGCCGUGGCCGCAGGCAGUCAGAACCCGCCAAGGAAUCCCAGGUCGUAUUUCAUCCAGCAAAUGUGCCCAGAUUGAAGCAUGCUGACAGCGAGGGACGCCUAUUCCCCGCCAGCGAGCCCCUCCACGCCUCGGGCAGCUCGUGCACGCUGGCCUCCGCCAAGCCGGAGGAGGAAGCCGAACACUCGGAUCUGGAAGCGGAGGAGGCCGAGUUCUCCCUGGCGCGGGACCCCCUCACCACGAACCUCUCCAUCACUGAGGAGAUCCUGGAGCUGCUUAGCCAGCGGGGCCUGGACAAGGAGAGCGGAAGGGAAGCGAGGUUUUGGGGAGAAAGCAGCUCGGAAGCCCCCAGCUUGGCUCUGCAGGAUCAGCUCUCGCCCAACAGUGCCUUAGAAGAACUGGAGGACAAAGCGGAAGAGGCGGAAGAGGAAGAGGAGGAGAACGUGGUCUUCCAGGAGGAUGCCCCCCCUCUUCCUCCCCAAGGGAGCCCCCUCCAAGAACAGCUGCUCCCCACGCUCCAUCGCCCCUUUGGCAGCGACUCUUCCGAAGAAGAGGAGCCGCAGCGGCCGCAGGAGUCGGCUGGUCCGUCUCCUCUGCACGUCCUGGAAGAUCUCACCUUCGAGGAGCCCGGCGGCUCUGUCUCCAUAGGGCAGGAGGCAGCCCAGGAGGGAAGCCAGUCCCCCGGCCCAUCUAGCCAGCCACACCCGUGCCCCCCAACCUCACCAGGGGGCUUUGGCAGGGUGGAGAAAAGAGCCGAGGCGGACCCCACCCUGACCGGGGACGACUGGCUUCUGCUGGAGAAGAUCCAGAGCUACUAUGAAAGCGUGGAAGGGGGCAAGAAAGGGCCAGAGGUCGCCAAGGAGGAGGGAGCCCCCCCCGUUCCUGCUGGGGUGGUACGAGAAUCCGUCCUGCGGUUCAACAGCAUUUCGAAGCAGAAGGAGGCUCUGGGAGAGGAAGAGGGUGGGGCCAAGCUCAGAAGGCUCCGCCCCCUACCUGGCCAGUCGUGCCGGAGCUGGGGCCAAUCUUGCAACAGCCAACAGCUUUCUGUCCCCAAAAACUCUGCACGGAGUUGGCCGGCCACAAGGAUUGAGCAGAACCAUUCAGAUGGGAGCCGAUUCCCCGUGCAGCCCGGGAGCCCCGAGGCUCAGGGGCAGGAGGCAGAGAAGGGGCAACCCCAGCCUGGGGACAUCCCCUCUGAUGCUCCCCCAAAGGCUUCGGGGAGAGAAAGGAAGCAGCAGGAGCGGAGGAACGGGUUGGAGGAGGAUCCCGCCGAUCCUGGGUUCCGAUCGUGUGCAGAGAUCCGGAGGGCUUGGCAAGAGAAGGAGCGGAGCGCCAGGGACGCCCCAAAGAAGGGGGGCCAGGGGAUCAGCCGGAGAGCCUUCUCCUCCCCCGAAAGGCCCACCUACGCAGAGCCCCUCUGCAUCGUGGAGGACUCGGACCUGGAGGAUCCUCUCCGAGGUCCUGGCAGGGAUCCAGAUGGGAGGGAAAGGUGGGCGAAGGAGGGCGCCCCCACCUCUGCGCCCUUCCUCCCCUCCUGGGACCUUUAUCAGAACAACGGAGAGCCCUGCCUGCUGGAGAACUCCGAGCGGAUCCUCAGCAAGGUGCAAGCAUUGGCCAAGAUGUACAGCGAGAAGAUCAGCCGGCUGAAGUCCCAGAAGUGGGGCUUGGAGAGGCCCGGGGUACGGCCCCGGGGCCCCCACCAGAUGGCCCCGGGCAGGAGCCAGGUUGCCCCGCAGGAGAGCUGGCAAGGAGGAAGCGUCCCCCAGUGCGAGCCCCAAAUCUACGGGCACGUCCUCAUCCACGAGCCCCUUCAGCACGUGAUCGGCAUCCAGGAAAACACGCCUCUCGUGGCCGCCACCCGGGAAACCGCCUUCGUGCUACGCAGCGAUGGGCCCUGCCAGCUUCUUUCUCCGGAGAUCCUGGCCCCCCUGCAGCAAGAAUUGCAGUGCCCUCUGCCCCCUCCCUUGGGAGGAGAGGAGACGCUAGCGGCCGCCAUGGGGGAAGAAGACGCAGGGAGCCCCAGGUCUCCCUGGUUGACAGGGUGCCCCGGGGACCCUUCACCCCCUGUGGCCCCCAGCCCACAGAGGGGUCUUCUCUCAUCCACCAAAUCCACUCCUGAGACGGAGCGUGGAGGAAGGAGCGCCCACGAAACGCCUGAUUCUCCCGAGCCGGGCCAGAAGACAGGGGAGGGCGUCCAGCCAAGGCUGCCCCCUGGCACUUCUGGGGGAGCAGGGCAGGCCGGCGCUGCCCCCCGACUGCAGCGGCCUCACAGCGACCACCAGGCAGAAAAUGCUUCUGCCGCCUCUGACUCUCCCGAGGAACUGAAGGCCAAGGUCCCCGGCUGCUCCACUUUCUCUCCCUCGGAGGGGGCCUCGCCCCUGGCGCAGGGAAAGGGCUGCCCCCGUCCAAGCACUGGGGAGAGGAGCCAUUCCCCCCCUUUCUGGAAGGGAACGGACCGAGAGGCAGCAGGGUUCAGCCAGGAUGCCUCUGGAGCGCUGGCCGGGAGUGCCCGCUGGGGCACCCUGAGUCCUGCUGCUGCUUCUGAACCCGCCAAGGCCACGCAGCCCCUGCCUCUGGACUCCUCCGCAGAGGGGUCACCCCCCACCUCUGGGGUCCCAGCCCAGGAACCCCUUUCUCCCGAUUUCCCGGCUGGGGCAGAGUCCCCAGCCUGUAUCGCAGGACAGUGCCCGAGCGUGCCGCUCCCCAAGUUCCUCCCUUCCUCACCCGUCCGCCGGUGCCUCUCCUCCAGCGCUGCCGCCAUUUCCAGAUACAUCGCCGCCUCCUGCAUCAGCCAGAGCUUGGCCAAGCGAAACGGUGCCCCUCCCCCCGAGGACCCCCAAGCACCCAGGCUGCCAGCCAACCCCUUGGCUUCGCUCCCCAAGGCGGCGCCCAAGCGCCACCGAAAGGCCUCCUUGUCAGGAGCCCUGGCUCUCGAGCGCUGCCCCCCUUUCUCCUCUACCUCGGCGCCCAGCUCUCGAGUGCAGUCCCCCGUGAGGCCCAGGAUGUGCUCACCCCCUCCAGGAGGAGCCCCACCCUACACCUUCAUGCCUCUGGGGGUCCACACGCAGAGGCAGACCCCCACCCCCAUGGCCCAUCCAGAGCCCUGCACACUAGGCUUCCCCUCCCCUGCUGCCUGCUUGAGGACCCAGAGGGGCUCCCUCCCCAGCAGCAGGCUGUCCGAAGGGCCUGCCCCAAAUGGGGACCCGGAAUCAUCGGGGGCCCCCCACAACAGCUCCGAGACCUUCGGGAGCGCCCCCCACUCCCACGAACUAGGCAGCAUCAGGUGGCCAAACGUACCAGACCUGCGUUUGAAAUACGUCAGCCAAGAGGGGUGGUCAGGCCCCCAGAGACUGCAGUUUGAGGUGGGGGAGCGCUGCCCCAAACGGGCCCCCUCCUUAAGCCUGGACACUGCUCGGUCCCCCGAGAAGGGUCCUCAGAAGGCCAGUUACUCCACCACCGUCAACAUCCAGAUUGGGGGCAGCGGCAGGAUCGCCUCUUUUAGCAACGCCCAGGUCAGCCUGACGCAUCCUCUUUCGGCCACGCUGGAGCAGCUGGGCGGCCUCCGGAGGGCCAACAGCGGCGUGGCCGAGACGUCACCAAAACCGGGCACCUGA